UAAUCCCGGGGCCGCUGCGCUCGGUGAAAUGGCGACAGGAGCUGAAGGUCAGGGGACAGCCCUGAACCCUGGUCGCCUUGCACUUCGUUGAAGUGUUGUAUUUUGCAAGAAGUGCUGAAAUAGUAGGAGCUCGUUCAGAGACCAUUUCUGUGCCCCAAGAAAUAAAAGCCUUGCAGCUGUGGAAUGAGAUAGAAACUCGACAUCCGGGAUUGGCUGAUGUGAAGAAUCAGGUGAUAUUUGCUGUCCGUCAAGAAUAUGUCGAGCUUGGAGAUCAACUCCUCCUCCUUCAACCAGGAGACGAAAUUGCCAUUAUCCCUCCCAUUAGUGGAGGGUAGCAGGACUUAUGAACCACCUGGGAAUGAUGCGAAUGAUGUGGGAGAAGAAGGUAAAGAUAGUAUAACGUUUACUGCUGAUAAGUUAUCGGUAGAGGAAGCCUCACAGCUGGUGAUUUCUCCACUCUGUGGUGCCGUUACCCUGUUUGUAGGGACAACAAGAAACAACUUUGAAGGGAAAAAAGUCAUUACUUUAGAAUAUGAAGCAUAUGUGCCAAUGGCUGAAAAUGAAGUCAAAAAAAUUUGCAGUGACAUUAGACAAAAAUGGCCGGUCAAACAUAUAGCAGUGUUCCACAGACUUGGCUUAGUUCCAGUAUCAGAAGCCAGUGUAAUUAUUGCUGUGUCCUCAGCCCACAGGGCUGCAUCGCUUGAAGCUGUGAAUUACGCCAUUGAUACUUUAAAAGCCAAGGUGCCCAUAUGGAAAAAGGAAAUCUAUGAAGAAUCAUCAUCAUCUUGGAAAAGAAACAAAGAAUGCUUUUGGGCAACCAGUGAUUGAGUUGCUUCUGUUACAUGGCGCUCGAAAUUUAAAUUAGUUAACCGGCAUCUUUGAUCACAUUCUAACUUUAGUCUUCUCCAGAAAUUAAGAUGAAACAUAAUCUCUUUUGUUGUUGUUGUUUGUUUGUUUGUUUUUACCAGAGCACUGCUUAGCUCUGGUUUAUGGUGGUGCCGGGGUUUGAACCUGAGACUUUGGAGCCUCAGGCAUGGAAAUCUGUUUGCAUAACCAUUAUGCUAUCUACCCCUGCCUGAAACACAGUCUCUUAAGCUAUACCAGUGGGACGAAAGGAAGGACAAAAGGGGAAAUAAAUGGUUGGGACUUAAACACACACCAACUUUAGGAAAGAAAUGAACGAAUAAUUGAAACAUGAAGAGAGAUGUCUGUGGAGACAUUUCAUUUUUAGCUUAGUCACUCAUUCCUGACCUAGAGAUAAAACGGGAUGGGGGAGAGCACAGUGGUUAUGCAAAGAGACUCCCAUGCCCAGAGGGUCCAAAGCCCCAGGGCCAAGCAGCCCGAGCUGAACCAAGCAGCACUCUUCGGCCCUGUGAGUUUCUAAACAACUCCUGUUUGUACUCCGAGGGUGCUGAGGCAAUUACUCACCAUGUCUCCCAGUUCAUCAGGAUAAUACCGUGGAAAGGAUGCCACUUGCAGACCACCAGGAUGUGUGUGUCUUCUCCUGGGUUGCCGGAUCAGGUCUCUGCCCCCCUGAUAACAGGACCUCCCUGCUGCUGCUCCAGCCUCCGGGGACAGUAGCAAUGGGGACUCACAGUUGCUUUUGGUGAGCCUGAGGGGAUCCUCCCCUCCCCUGCCUUCCCCUCCCAACAGCAGUCUUUUUGUUAAUAAAACCUGGACUGGAGGCGGUGCCUCAUCUGGCUAACUGCCGGACUGUUAGCAGCUGCUCUGAAGUAGAUGCAGGCUUUCAGCCCCAGGAAUCUCUCCUUAAAUUCCUCUUUGCCCAUGAGUCACACACGUUUGCACUUUCUUCUCAGGUGAUCCUCUUUGCUAUUCCUAGUUGAUGAGGGAGAGGGAGACUGGGCAGCUGUGGCUAGUCUGUAGCCCUGCCUCUGGAGCCCUGUGUACUCAUCGUAUUCCCUGACUGAGCUGUAAAUGGAAGUCGCCUCAUACUGAAGUCUGGGCCUGUCCUCACUGACUUUAGUUGUAUCAGAGAGCCUACGUCCGGUUUCCCGUCCCACAUCCAGUGAUGUCACUGUUACCCGGAUAUGUUACGGGGAUGUUAGCAGAACUGGAAAGUAUAAAAAGUUAUCCUCUAUCCUCAGGCCAGGGAGGUAGGUCAGGUCUCUCAGUGCACCAGCUUGCAUUCCCAAGGCCUGAAAUACUGCACUUUGUAGCUGAGCUGAGUAAUAUUCUGAUUCUCUCCUCGCUCAUUCUCUGUCUCAUAAUAAUGUCUUUAUCAAAUCCUUUUAAUUUCAUAUAUUUUUAAUGUGUGUAUGUAAAUAAACAUGAUUUAUAAAGUUUAGAAA